AGUGCUGGUGUUACCAUCAGGAUGAUAACACGAAAACUCUGGCUGUGCAUUGUAAAAAAUCGAAAUAGAUUUACCAAUAAAUUGUAAAUUUAUUACAACGCUGAAUAUAAGCAAAAGUACGUAUAUUCGUUGUAAAUUUUUGCUAUGAAAUGCGUACGGAUAUCAUGAAAUAGUAAAUCAACGAAUAUAUUUGUAAAUUGACUACAGUGAGUGUUGGAAAAAAUCUACUACUCACAGUAUAGCACUGUUACCAACAACUUAAAUUUACAAAUAUUUGUAAAACGGCAAAAUAAUAGUAAUAAAUCUAGAAACCUAGUGAAUACACAACGGAACAUCGUAAGUUCGUAGAAAAGAAAGAAAUCCUCUGAUGGCUUGGGCGCAUGGGCUAGCUGCGUGCGUUAUUGCACAAUUUAUUGAUUUCUGAUCGAGUUUUACCAGCAACUAAAUAAAGUUUACAGUUUGACGGAAGCUGUGCUGUAUUUUGAUGGUCUAGGAAGACUGUGAGGAUAAGCGUCGUUUAUCACACUUGAUGAAUAUUGGCAUGUUUACUAAGGUCCAUCAUCGAACACACUUGACAUACACUUAGAGCACCAUCGCAACCCACUUUCUUGCUAAGCGAGUGCCAAGGGAUAGAGUUGAAAAGGACUCAACUUGAAUAUGAUCCAAAGUGGGUUAACGGAAGCUGGGCCAAUUGUAUCAAGAAAUACUACUACAAUGAGAAUCUGACGUCGAUAGGAGUCUCAUUACAAGGUCCAUCAUCGAACCAACUCGACAUACAUCUUGAGCACCAUUGCGACCCAUCAGUUAUUGAAGCCACAACAAUAAACAAGUAUUUAAAAAUGCCGAUAUUAAAAGUAUGGACAUGCAAAAGAAAUAAAAGAACCGCUAUUGCUGUAGUCAACGUCGAUAUACGCCACGUUUUAUCUACUGCGAACAAGAAAUUAGGCGUUAAUGGAAUAUCUAUUGUUUUGGAGAAAGAUGGUACAGUCAUUGACGAAUCAGAUAUUUUGCAAGAGUACAGUCAAGAGAUUUUAAUUAUUUUACAAAACGGAGAAACAUGGCAACAGAAUUGUCAGGUACUUACGAGUGAAAACUCUAAUACACAGCCUAAUGCGGUUGAUAUUUCAGCAGAGAUCAUAAGCAAUGAUAAUGUAUCUAACACCAAAUCAGUGCCAGCAGUUGAAAAUAAAGAUAAUCAAGAAAAUGCUGUUGAUAAUGCACAAUCAAAAGAAGAUACUGAAACGCCAUUAGAUACGCAAGAAAAGACCAUAGCAUCUAUUCUUAAAGACAGGCUAUUUUCUGACUGGGAGGGGUACAAGAUACUAUGGAUCACUAUAGACUCAAAUACAUUAAAAGAACUCCAAGGUGAUAAAGAAAUCGAUAAAUCCUUGAAGCAGCAAUUAAUUACAAGAAUAGUUGAUGAUAUGCGAGGUUUUGACAAACACUUACCUCGAAAGGCUUUCCAAAAAGUGGCUGCAGAAUUGCGAGAUCAUUACCCAAAGAGUUUUGAAGAAAAAUUAAGAAAUGGACAGCGCUGUGGUCAAGGCUUUGAAAAUACUGUCAGGAAAAUGAUGAAUUACAAUAAUAAUAGUAAUCGGCCCCACCGUUUAGACAACCUCAACCAAAAGCUUAAGGUUCCAAUUAAUCAACGUAAGAGCUUGAGUUGUAUCCAAGCAGGAUGUAGUCAGUGGCAGCCUGACCAUUUACCAGAAAAUGAAGACGAGACAACUCAAGAAGAAAAAAGAGUAUGGUUAUUAUCUUAUAACUUAUACGAUCAAACAGAUCCUCCAAUGUUAGAAGUAAUCAAAGAAAAUUUUUGUAACUCAUGCGUAACUCAAAGAUUGUUUUUAAAUGACAUCAGUAAAGAAAAUCAUUUAUUACCUCAAGUUCGUGAGGUAUGGCCAUGUCUUACAAAUAAACCAUUUAUUUUUUGGCAUUACGAAAAAUUGACUGGUCACACAAUACACGAAAUUGCUGUUAAUAUUAAAGAUGACGUUCCCAGAAUUUUGUCUUAUGGGAUUAUGAAAAGAUUGACAGACAUAAAUUUCACCGAUACAAGUGAGGAAAAUCAAUUUUUUGAAGCACUACAAAUCGUUUGCAAACAUUUCAAAGAACAAUUGGAUACAUUGAUUAUUCGAUUUCCUGCAGGUACGGAGAGCUUCGAAACAGGUCAAAAUCCAGAUCCACAAUUAUGUAUCAUAGAUAACGAUCCAACAGAAUAUAUCAUUGUAUUAAAGAUAUUAUUGAGUAUACAAGUAACUACGUUGAAACUCUGCAAUUUUUAAUUUCAGUGUACUUUGUUUUUAACCGACUAUAUCCAGAUGCUCAAAAAGAUCUAUUAGAAUUUGUACAAAUGAAAUUUUGCAACAUGUUUUCCUCUGACGCAACAAGAUCUAGAUAAAAAACAGUAACUAGCAAAGUACUUACUCUCUUCAACAAAAUAAACAAAGUUGUUCUCGGAGACGUUGUUAAUGUAAAUUAGUACUUUACUUUUCGACGGUUCAUUUUUAUAAUUUCUAUAAUCAUCCAAAGGAAUUACUUUAAAAAAGAUAUAUAGAUAUUUAAGGAAUACAUGGUAUUACAUCACUGUAAUUAUAAAAGUUGCUGAUAUUACAUGUCAUAAAAUAUCAGCUUUAUUAUAACUUAUAAGUUCAUACAGUAUUUCAUAGCAAUUGUAUUGUUCAUCCCAUGUUAGAAAGGAUAUUGUUUCUGAAAAGUAGUAUAUUAACGAUGCGUAAAAAAUGUAAUGUAUUAUUAUUAGUUAAUAAAAAGUCUCAUAAGCGUGCAAAAUGUACUUGAUUAUUUAUAAUGUAAUUUAAUUAAUGUAAAAUUGGUCAUGUAAUAAACCAUUCAGUUUAAAUA